AUGGUGGUAGUGGAGGCUGGAGCAUUCGUAAGAAUCACUUUCCUGUUGCUCUGGCUUGGAAUAUCUCUGCCCUUUUCUGGCCUCUUCAAGGCUGAACCUCAACAUCAAACGUCUCCAGAAGUGGUGAUCCCCUUGAGGGUGACGGGCAAGGGCAGAGGUAUAGGGUCCCCAGGAUGGCUCUCCUACAGCCUGCGGUUUGGGGGCCAGAGACACGUUGUCCACAUGAGGGUCAAGAGGCUCCUGAUUUCCACACACCUCCCUGUGUUCACCUACUCAGAGCAGCAUGCCCUCCAGGAGGACCACCCCUUCGUCCCUGAGGACUGCUUCUAUCAUGGCUUUGUGGAGGGGGAUCCUGAGUCCCUGGUUGCUCUCAGCACCUGUUACGGGGGUUUUCGAGGAAUGUUAAAGGUAAAUGACCUCAGUUAUGAAAUUGAACCUAUGAGGCAUUCUACCACCUUUGAACACCUGGUGUCUCAGAUCAGCAGUGAUGAGACACAUUCCCAAUACAUUAAAUGUGGAUUAAAAGAAGAGGACAUACCACAUCAACACUUGGAAUUUGAAAAGGCUGAAAACCCACCUCUAAAACAAAAUCCUGCUGAUGAGUGCUGGACUCACACAUCAUUGUUUCUGGAGUUUUUUGUGGUGGCAGAUCUUGACUUCUUCACCUACUCCCAAAGCAACUUCUCCAAGGUGCAAGAGGACAUAGUUCUUAUUGUCAACAUAGUAGAUUUCAUGUAUCAAAAAUUGAGUGUCUGUGUGAUAUUGAUUGGGAUUGAAGUCUGGAAUCAAGGAAAUGCUUUCCUGAUGAGAAACAUGAGACAAAUCCUGGAAGAUUUCUCUCAGUGGAAGCAAAUUAGGCUUUCCCAGUUACAGCAUGACGCUGCACAUAUUUUCAUCAAAAAUUCACUUAUGCCCAUACUUGGGCUAGCCUAUGUUGCAGGAAUAUGCCGUCCUCCCCGUGAUUGUGGAGUUUGUAAUUUCCAAGGUGACACCUGGUCUUGUUUUGCUAACACUGUGGCCCAUGAGCUAGGUCAUAUUUUGGGCAUGCAGCAUGAUGAGAAAUUCUGCUUUUGUGGGGAACCUGGUUGCAUCAUGAGUACGCUCAAAGUUCCAGCAGAUAGAUUCACAAAUUGCAGUUAUGCUGAUUUUAUGAAUACCAGUUCACAACAGGGGUCUUGUCUGCAUGAUAUUCCAAGACCAGAAAAAGUGUUUUUGCUGAAGCGCUGUGGGAAUGGCAUCGUUGAAAGAGAUGAGGAAUGUGACUGUGGAUCUAUAAAACAGUGUGAGCAAGAUCCCUGUUGUCUGUUGGACUGUAAACUGAAGCCUGGGGCUGCAUGUGCUUUUGGGCUUUGUUGUAAAGACUGCAAGUUCAUGCCACUAGGGGAAGUGUGCAGACAAAAUGUCAAUGAAUGCGACCUCCCGGAAUGGUGCAAUGGGACAUCACAUCAGUGUCCAGAAGACAGAUAUGUGCAGAAUGGGAGUCCCUGUAGUGACAAUGGCUACUGCUAUGAAAAAAGAUGUAAUAACCAUGACCAACAGUGCAGGGAGAUUUUUGGUAAAGGUUCAAAGAGUGCAUCUCAAAACUGCUAUAAGAAAAUCAACACCGAAGGAAACCGUUUUGGACACUGUGGUAAAAAUGGCACAGUAUACCUAAAAUGUAAUCCUUCUGAUAUCUUUUGUGGGAGAGUUCAGUGUGAAAACGUGGAAAGCAUUCCUAAUCUGCAAGAUAAAUCUGCUGUACAGCUCACUCACAUCGAUGGUGUCUCCUGCUGGAGUUUCGAACAUUAUUUAGGGAUGGGCACACCUGACAUUGGCGAAGUGAAAGAUGGCACUGUCUGUGGAACUGGUAAGAUCUGCAUUCACAGGAAGUGUGUCAAUAUCUCUGUCAUGUCACAAAUAUGCCUUCCUGAGACCUGCAAUAAUAAAGGAAUCUGCAAUAACAAACAUCACUGUCACUGUGGGUAUGGGUGGUCCCCUCCCUACUGCCUGCACAGAGGUUAUGGAGGUAGUGUUGACAGUGGCCCAGCAACUUCACAAGGAACUGCUUUAUUGUUGCAAUUUGGGAUCAUUUCUCUGUCUGUUUUAAUUGUUCUUCUGAUUGCUGGGCUUUGUAUGUAUUUUUGGAAACCUUUUGGUCUCAAGACAGCUGCCUCAUCAGGCUGA